AUGGUAAGCCUUAAACUAUUUGUAGAAAGUUGCCACUUUAAAAUGUAGUAUGCUCAGUUUACUGUAUAAUCCAUCGCUACAACUUACUAUGAGCAUUCACAGUGACAAGGUUAAUAAUAGCCUGUGUCUUCUUUAAUGGUAAACUUUAAUGGUAGAUGACUUUUCUGUUUAAAAUGCCUCUAAAUAGUCUCAUUUUUGCCUAAAAUAAAAGUUAACUGGUGAUGAUGCCAUUCAAGACGAUUCAUCCAUCAUGGAGCCCCCAGCCAAUGAAGUGCCAGAAAGCUUCGCCUCGAGUUUUAAAUUGUGAAGGAUUCGACUAAGAGGGGUCGACCAAAGCUGAUAAACAACCGUGGAUAUACGUACAAUUUUCAAAGACGCCGGGCAAAAAAUACAGAUUGGCAGUGUACCAUCAGGCCAAAGGUAUGUGUUUUUUCCUUUAGUUUCUGAUGAUAAGCGCACGCUCUGCUUUGGAAAGUAUUUGUUACUGAUAAGUAUACAGAAGUUAACAGAACACUCUGAUGUGAACUUUUGUCAAUAAAAAUACACCACUUCCUGACUGAUUUUAUUUGGUAAUGCUAAUAAGCAUUCACUCAGUUCUAAUCCAGUAUACCCGCGCUAUAGUUCACUAAUGAUAUCCACUUCUUUUUUUAAGGUCAACCCAUGCAAGGCUACUGUAAUUCAGAGAGCCGAUGGAGAACUUGUCCUUGGGCGGCACGAGCACAACCACCAGGGACAAGUUGGUGCUGGGUUGGCGGCAAAGAUAACAGCCAAGACGAAGGCAGAAGCCAAGAAAAACCUAUUCAAGCCUGCCAUGGUGAUAGUCAAUCAAGUGUAG